AUGGGAUUGGUGGCCCACCCGCCGAUGCUGGUAGGCGGCUGGGGGAAGCCCGAAGGCCGCUGCUGCCGCUUAUACUGCUGCUGCUUUGUGUCCAGCGGCAACCUGAAGGUUUUCUCAACAUUCAGGCCAGUGCUCUAUGCCAGCCUCAUGAGCGGACUACACGCAGAAAGCCAUGCGAUUAGUGGCAGCCCUGCUACUCAAGACUUCCACAGAAUUAACCAGGCGGCAUUCCGACAACCACCACCGCCCCAAGAGACCAUCCGGCAGGCUCAAGCCCGCGGCUCAGAGGCGCCUUUGCAGCCGAAGGCAGUGGAGGACUGGUCAGUAGCUGGUGGAGGUCAGGCUGGUUCCCUGGAUUACAGCUCUUCGGAGGACUGCUCUAAGGAGAAACUGGACGAGAGGAUGUCCCUUAACAGCUGCAGCGACAGCGGCGUCCGCACACCACUUUGCCGCAUCUGUUUCCAGGGGCCUGAGCAGGGAGAGUUAUUGAGCCCAUGCCGGUGCAGCGGUUCAGUUCGCUGCAGCCACGAGCCUUGCCUCAUCAAAUGGAUCAGUGAGAGAGGAGCCUGGAGCUGUGAACUCUGCUACUACAAAUACCACGUUAUCAGUAUCAGCACCAAGAACCCGCUGCAGUGGCAGUCCAUCUCUCUGACAGUGAUAGAGAAGGUGCAGAUUGCAGCGGCAGUGUUGGGCAGCCUCUUCCUGUUGGCCAGCAUCUCCUGGCUGGUCUGGUCCUCACUCAGCCCCCAUGCACGCUGGCAGCGCCAGGACUUGCUCUUCCAGAUCUGCUAUGCCAUGUAUGGCUUCAUGGACGUGGUCUGCAUAGUCUUGAUUGUCCAUGAGGGUCCGGCAGUGUUUCGUAUUUUCCACCGGUGGCAGGCGGUCAACCAGAGAUGGAAGGUCCUCAACUACGAUAAGGCCCGUGACCUGGAGGAGCAGCAGAAACCUGGCUCCACCACCAGGGGACAUCCGGCUCUGACUGAACCCCACACUGGGAUCAGACUUCCGUCUGGGGGCCGGCUUGGAACAGAGCGCACCUCCCCUUCCACCUCCUCCCUGCUAGCAGCUGUAGCUGCUGCUGAAGCUGCUGCCACCUCAUCGCUAAGGGUCACUGCUGUCGGCCAGAUGACCAUACAGCAUCAGGAGGAGGAGGAGGAUUCUGGGACAUCACCUACAACAAUGACGACAACAUCAGAGUCAGAGCCUAGUAACAACACAGGAAACUCGUUGUCAUCAGUUACGGAGCAGAACCGUAGCUACCGGUGGACGUACAGCUUGCUCCACUUGUUGGGUCACCGCAGGCCCUUCAUGGAGCAGCAGAACCCAGAGAACCAGGGACUGGGCCCAGGCCCUGCACCCCCACGGCCCAGAGACAGCCAUCGAGAGCUGGUCAUGAGAGUCACCACAGUCUGA